AGGUAUAUUUAGCAAAAGAAGCAGGACUUUUAUAUGCAGUUGUAGCAGUAGCCACUGAUUAUGAUUGCUGGAAAGAUUGCGAAGAUAAUGUUCAUGCAGCUGAUGUAAUGGAAGUGUUUAAACAAAAUAUUAAUAAAAUAAGAGAUAUAUUUAUAAAAACAGUUAAACUUAUUGGUGAAAGAAAUUGGGACAAAGAAAUUGAUACUCUACAAAUAUUAUCUCAAAGUAGUAAUGUUUCUUCUCAUUCUUUGUGAUUUAUGUACAAUGUACAAUAUCAUAUAUAUCAUACAUUUAUAGUAUGAUGAUAAGAAGAUAUUACUUAAUAUUUAACUUUAUAUUAAGUUAAAUAAUAAAAAUUAAAAUCUAUACAUUUCUUAAAAAUUUUGAAAAUAUGUACUUUUGUUUGUUUUAAUAAAUAUGAUAUAAAUA